UGAACAUUUUUAAAUAUAUGUAUAUAUAUAUUUAUUUAGUUUAGGUACUCUUGCAGGUGAAGUAAACUUCAGCUGCGCCUCUUGAAAGCGGGUGAGAUACCAGUGGAUGCGGCGUGUGUCUGCGCAAAAGGCGCGCAGCGGGCGGGGGGCGUGUUCCUUUAAGACCGUAAGGUGGGUGAGCCUCGUCCUGACGCGCGCGCGCGCGCGGGGCUGGUGCGCAAACACAAAUUUAGCAACAACGUGUUUUGCGAGGGGCCACCAAAUAACCUGGAAGCGGCGGCGAGGCAUCAUGUCCGUCUCAGACGUUUCACGGGUUUGAGAAAAAAGAAGAAAAAAAAGAAAGAAAAAAAAGAAAGGAAAAAAAAGAAAAGAAAAAAGUUUUGUUGUGAUUUGGGAGUCGAGCUGAACAGGCGACCUCUUUCUCCCUCCGUGCGGCUGCGAGGGCAAUUUGCCGACACUUUGCCCCCCUCCCCCCCCUUUUUUUUUUCCUCCAUAAAUUUGUUCAAGCGACAUCGUCGAUGGCAGCGUCCAGAAUGACACGGGACUGUUACUGGGCGGCCGGGCUUCUUCUUCUUCUUCCUCUCUGGAUGAAGGUUGGCGUGCGAGCUAAUGAUGGGGAGGCGGUGUUCAUUCGAGAGUUCACCCUGAUCCGCCGCGAACACCUUCCAGAAGACUCUCUCCAUGAGAGCCCCAGCAGUCAGAAACCAGAGGACUCAAGCUCGCGGACGGCUCGCUCAGAGGAGGACCGGGACACGCUGUGGGACGCCUGGGGCUCGUGGAGUGAGUGCUCCCGCACCUGCGGAGGAGGCGCCUCCUAUUCGCUGCGAAGAUGUCUCAGCUCCAAGACCUGCGAAGGGCAGAAUAUCAAAUAUCGCACAUGCAGUAAUGUGGACUGCCCUCCAGAUUCUGGUGACUUUCGUGCCCAGCAGUGCUCCGCCCAUGCAGAUGUACGAUACCAGGGCCAGUACCAUGAGUGGCUGCCCUUGGACAACGACCCCGACAACCCUUGUGCCCUCAAGUGUAAGGCCAAAGUCUCUGGCCUGUUGGUUGAACUGGCCCCCAAAGUGCUAGACGGGACACGCUGUUACACCGAAUCCUUGGACAUGUGUAUCAGCGGAGUCUGCCAGAUUGUAGGUUGUGACCACCAGUUGGGGAGCACGGCAAAGGAGGACAACUGCGGCUUGUGCAAUGGAGAUGGCUCUUCCUGCCGAUUGGUGCGAGGACACUACAAGUCCCAGCAUUCGUCAGGGAAAACUGAGGACACAGUCGUCCUCAUCCCCUACAGGAGCCGUCAUGUGCGUCUGGUCCUGAAAGGCCCGGAUCACUUGUUUGUAGAAAGUAAGACUCUCCAAGGGGUCAAAGGUGAACUUGCCAUGGAAAAAUCAGGGCAGUACCACUUGGAGAACACGACCUUGGAUUACCAGAAACUGGCUGAUAAAGAGGUCCUCAAAAUCACCGGUCCACUUGGAGCCGACUUCACUGUCAAAGUGUGGUACACCAGUGGAGCAGACAGCGUGGUCCAGUAUAUCUACUACCAACCCAUCAUCCACCGCUGGAGGGAGACUGACUUCUUCCCUUGCUCUGUCACCUGUGGUGGAGGUUACCAGCUAACUUCAGCAGAGUGCUAUGACCUGCGCAGCGGUCGGGUGGUCGUGGACCAGUACUGCCAUUACUAUCCAGAGAACAUCAAACCGAAGCCCAAACUCCGGGAAUGCAAUAUGGACCCCUGCCUCGCCAGUGAUGGCUACAAGCAAAUCAUGCCAUAUGACCUCUACCAUCCCCUGCCUCGAUGGGAGAGCAGCCCCUGGACGGCCUGUUCCACUUCCUGCGGCGGGGGGAUCCAGAGUCGGUCGGUGUCCUGCGUGGAAGAGGACAUGCAGGGUACCAUCACCCCCGCUGAGGAGUGGAAGUGUCUCUACUCCCCCAAGACGGCCAUCCUGCAGCCCUGUAACACCUUCGACUGCCCUACCUGGCUGGCGCAAGAGUGGUCUCCCUGCACAGUGACCUGCGGUCAGGGCCUACGCUACAGGGUGGUGCUGUGCAUCGACCACAGGGGGCUCCAUGCCGGGGGCUGUAACCCCACCACCAAACCUCACAUUAAGGAGGAGUGUCUGGUCACUGUGCCCUGCUACAAGCCCAUAGAGAAACUCCCGGUUGAGGCAAAGCCGCUGUGGCAUAAGCAGGCCAUCGAACUGGAGGAGGAGGUGCUUGUGACUGAGGAGCCAACGUGA